AUGCUCCGGCUUAUUUCCAGGGCUCUGGCCUUCUGCAGGAGGAAAGACUCCUCACAGAAGGAGAAGAUGCAGCCGCUGAGGCUCUUGGAGGGUGACACCAAGUUGAAAACUGUGCAGGGAGUUGUGACAAGGUUCUGUGAUGGUUAUGGCCUGAUUAACGAGUUAAUCUACUUUACUAAUGAUGUCGUGACUGGCAAUGUGCUUCUGAAAGUUGGACAAAAAGUUACUGCAGUUGUGGAAGAAGAUGAAACAUCUCAUGGCUCAAAAGCAAUCAAAGUGGAUGCUCUCUCUGAUAAGUGUGAUGACGAUGGAUCUUCAGACUCUGGUCCCAGGGUUUUAUUCGGUUGUGUUACCUCUAUACUGGAAGGUGAUGGCUUCGUUAAUCACACAGCUUACUUCUCUCUAGACGUUGUUUGUAAAGGUUUUGAGCCUUAUGAGGGUGACUGGAUAGUAGCUGAAUUUUCCAUCCAGCCAGACACGUGGAGCAGAAAGGCAAUCUCAGUGAAGCCUCUGAGGCAUAAGCAUGUGUAUGAGGUCUGCAUUACUAGCCUCUGUGGAAGAAAUGGGGUGAUAGAUGAUAAUAUCUUUUUUACCUUGGAUUCUCUGAAACUUCCUGAUGGAUACGUACCUCAAAUAUCUGACAUCGUCAAUGCAGUUGUAGUGGAGCGCGCUCACUCAACCUAUAUUUGGAGAGCACUUUCUAUGACCCUAGUGAAACGGUUGUCAUAA